AUGGGUCGGGGGAAGGUCGACCCAAUCCUUGUGGGUCGCAACACGUCGUUAUUCUGUCCUAGCUACACCCUAACUUCCAAUUCCUACACCCUCUCUCGCCCGCCUCCUUCCUCUGCAGACAACACCACCAACGUGGCCGUUGAACAAGCCGUUCCCGCAUACCUCGACUCAGGCACGGACAUCUGCCUCUCCUGCUACGUCUACCUCACCUUCUCCUUCCUCGAUGUCGACACGGCCAGCCAGAUCGGCAGCGAGUGCACUGAAACGGAUAAUGGGAAGCUGCGCGGUUACAUCUGCUCCACGGACGAGGGGGAUGACGUCACGGUGGCGCAGGCGUUUGGGAGUCCGCCGGUGGUGAAUGGCGGCGGGACGUCGAUGGGGUUUCUCUACACGGAGAUGUUUGUGCGCCAGCCCGCUGGCUCCACCAUGCGCCUCCCCUCCAUCCGCGUCGAUCCCCUGGCCAUGAAGGGAAUCGGGUACAUCAUGGUGCCUUCCAAGGGACCCACUCCUCUCCCUGGGACUUUUGACUCCAUGCCCUUCAUUGCAGGCAACGGCAGCAAGGCUGUAGGCAUUGGUCUAGUGUUCCCAAUCACCCUGAUCACUCAGGCAUCUCUCGCAACUACCCCGUUUAGCAGCAACACACAGCAAACAGCCACGCCCACAGCUUUCCCUGCGCUCUCCAUGAGUGCUCCUGCCAACCAGUCGCUCACUCUCAAUGCCUCCAUCGUGCCGCCUGCUGCUACCCCUGCUGCUGCCACCCCAUACAACAUCACGUUCUCCAUCGGCAAGAAUGCGAUUUCGCUACUAGUCACAGUCACAUUUCUCACUGUGACUAGCACCACGAUGGCUUCAGCUAUGGCUUCGAUGGCGAUCGCGUCAGCGUCGGGCCGUAUUACUCUCCUCGCCAGUUUCAUCGCCGCCUCUGCGCUGAUCCCUUCUGGGUGUUGGGCUCAGAGCACCAUGAGCACGACUUUCCACAGCAACUUCCUCGAAGGCGACAUCCGUGUCGUCGUGGGACCCAACCGUAACCAGAUCCGCGUGCAGGCCUAUAUGCCGGACUGGGCUAAGGCGGUCACCCCCAAGAAAGAGUACACUGUGGAAACUUACCCUUUCCCGUCCAACUUCUCCUCUCUCACGGACGUGAAGCACGCCAUUUUGACCUUCGCCCCCUCCAACUGCUACCCUAUCUACAACGGCACCAAAGUGACAGAGGAGCAGGCUAUUCCCGCAUACCUCGCGUCAGGCCCCGACUUCUGCCUCUCCUGCUACGUCUACCUCACCUUCUCCCUCCUUGAUGUCGACACGGCCAGCCAGAUCGGCAGUGAAUGCACUGAGACGGACAAUGGAAAACUUCGCGGGUACAUCUGCUCCACGGACGAGGGGGAUGACGUCACGGUGGCGCAGGCGUUUGGGAGUCCGCCGGUGGUGAAUGGCGGCGGGACGUCGGUGGGGUUUCUCUACACGGAGAUGUUUGUGCGCCAGCCUGCUGGCUCCACCAUGCGCCUCCCCUCCAUCCGCGUCGACCCCCUGGCCAUGAAGGGCAUUGGGUACAUCAUGGUGCCAUCCAAGGGACCCACUCCUCUCCCUGGAACCUUUGAUGCCAUGCCUUUCAUCGCAGGCAACGACAGCAAGUCUGUCGGCGUCGGUCUAGUGUUCCCAAUCACCCUGAUGACUCAGGCGUCGCUCGCAACUACCCCGUUCAGCAGCAACACAGUGCAGACGGUCACACCCACCGCCUUCCCUGCGCUCUCCAUGAGUGCUCCUGCUAACCAGUCCCUCACUGUCAAUGCCAGCAUCAUCCCCCCUCCUGCCGCUGGUGCUGCUGCUGGUGCUGCUCCCUCCUCGUACAACAUCUCUCUCUCCAUCAGCAAGGACGCACUCCCGAAAUCCACUGUCCGGGCAGCUGCUGGCUGGGGUGUAACCCUGAUGUCAGUGAUCUUCGCUCUCCUCCCCCUCCUGCCAGUCCUGUAG